CAUUUGGUCAAUUCUUCUCAGAGGGUUCGCAGCUCCAAGAAUUACCUUGUCACGAGGCAAGAUGGCUGCUAAAGCUAAUGAGGAGCUUGCCAAGCUCAACUUGAACGGUGACGAGAAAACAAAUGGCAAAACAGUGAAUGGCGGUUCUGCCGGUGGGGAUGCUGACGGCGAUCCUGGGGAAUCGGAUGACGACAAAGACGAUGAAGCAGACGCUGGUCAGGGAGGCCAGACUGGUGCUGCCAAGAAGAAGCGCAAGAGAAAGCCCAAGAAGAAGAAGGCCUCAGGUGCUCCCAAAACCCAGACCUCUCCCCCAAGUGUCCGUGUGUCGGACCUUUUCCCGAAUGGACAGUAUCACGAGGGGCAGAUUGUCGAAUACAAAGACGACAACGCUUAUAGAACUACGAAUGAAGAGAAGCGAUAUCUUGAUCGUAUGAACAAUGACUUCCUGUCUGAUUACCGCCAGGGUGCGGAGGUCCAUCGACAGGUUCGCCAGUGGGCCCAGAAAUGGAUUAAGCCUGGACAGUCUUUGACCGAGAUUGCCAACGGUAUCGAAGACAGCGUCCGUAGACUUGUGGGACACAUGGGUCUUGAGGAGGGUGAUGCUAAAAUUGCCGGCAUGGGUUUCCCCACUGGACUGAGCAUUAACCACUGUGCUGCGCACUAUACCCCCAACGCUGGGAACAAGAUGAUUUUGCAGGAGAAGGACGUUAUGAAGGUUGACAUUGGUGUCCAUGUCAACGGCAGAAUUGUCGACAGUGCUUUUACUGUUGCUUUUGACCAUACCUACGACAACCUCCUUGAGGCAGUUAGAGAGGCUACGAACGCAGGUGUCAAGGAAGCUGGUAUCGACGUGAGAAUGUCCGAUAUUGGAGCUUCCAUUCAGGAGGUAAUGGAGAGUUAUGAGGUCCAGAUUGGCGGUGAAACGUUCCCGGUGAAAUGUAUCCGGAACCUGAACGGUCACACCAUUGGUCAUCAUAUCAUCCACGGUGGAAAGAGUGUCCCCAUCGUAAAAGGUGGAGACCAGACCAAGAUGGAGGAGGGUGAAACCUACGCCAUCGAGACUUUCGGAAGCACCGGAAAGGGUUAUGUUAGAGACGAUGGCGAGGUCUCUCAUUACUCUAAAAUUCCCGAUGCUCCUAACGUUUCUUUGCGGCUGUCUUCCGCGAAGAACUUGUUGAAUGUCAUCAACAAGAAUUUUGGUACUCUUCCUUUCUGUCGCCGGUAUUUGGAUCGGCUUGGGCAGGAUAAGUACCUUCUUGGACUCAACAAUCUCGUUGCUAGCGGCAUUGUCGAGUCUUACCCGCCGCUGUGCGACAUCAAGGGCUCCUACACUGCUCAGUACGAGCACACGCUCCUGCUGCGACCCACCGUGAAGGAGGUCAUCAGCCGCGGCGAUGAUUACUGAUUGCUUCUGAAAAUGAAGCUUGUCGAAUGUACUGAGCAAUCGAAGUCUGAAUAGGCUUUCCUAUAGGAACAGACUGGGAGCUAGAAAUGCUGUCUUAUCUGCUUGUCAAGGAAUGAGUAACAAAGCCUUGAAAUAAACAAUGCAAUUAUAAAUAAAAAAUAUUUUUUUUGAACAUUUUG